AUGAUUGUUGGUAUUGGCAGUAUACUGGUUAUCAUACCAGAGUAUACCGCAGGUGCUUACUCCGUCGGAGAAGCACGUAAAGACGUCUGCGUAACUGGUGGUCCCGAUAAAAUGUGUGCAGAAGAUAGCAGUAAUAGUUUUACGGCACACAGGGAGCUGCUGCUACUGCUUCUCUCCCAAGCAUUUGUUGGAAUCGGUGCAAGUCCUUUGUUCACUUAUGGAAUCACUUGUCUGGAUGAGUUUGACUCACACAAAAGAACUGGUAGAAACCUUGCUCUAUACAUGAUUGCAUCAACUGUCGGACCAGCACUUGCAUUUGUUGGAUGUGGAUUCAUGUUGCGUGUGUGGGGAGAUUGGAGAACAUCUCCAGCAGAUAUGGGAAUUGAUAGCAGUGCAGAUCCUCGAUUCAUUGGAAUGUGGUGGAUUGGUUUUGUUGUGUGCGGAUUUGUUGCUUUGUUCACAGCGUUCCCAUUAGUGAUGUUCCCAAAGAAACUCAAAGACACUGGCAUGCGAAAAGCAAACGAUGUUCAUCGUACCGAUGCCUCGUUGGACAAAGACUUCUCUGACCAUAAGUACGAGUUCUUCAAAAUUAUAUUGAUGCUUCUGAAAAACAAAACAUGCAUGUGCGUCAUUCUCAUGCAGACUAUUGAAGCAAUGUUGAUGAAUGGUUAUAUUACUUUCAUUCCGAAACUUCUGGAAACUCUUCUCGGGUUCUCAGCAGGAAAUGCUAGCUUGAUUACUGGAGGAGUGGUUGUUCCAGUUGGAAUAUGUGCAAGUUACAUUGGUGGAAGAAUUUCAAAAGUGUUUGAGAAUCGCUUUAAACCAUCAAUGUAUUUUGUCAUGACUUUUGGUCUUCUCGCUGCAGGAUGCAGUAGCUGUCUUCUGAUCCGUUGUGAAUCUUUAAAUGUGUUCGAAGUCAAUGUUCCAGUUAAAGAGCUUCCAAAGUUUGGCGCUACCGAGGCAUGCAGCGAAAACUGUCACUGUGAUGCAUUCUUCAACCCUGUCUGCUCUGAAGAAAGUCAACUGACCUUCCUCUCUCCUUGCCAUGCUGGCUGUAUCGACUCUCCGGAUAUCAAAUUUGGCGCUUCUAAUUGGACCAACUGCGGAUGUUCCAAGAACGCAAUUGUCAAGAAAGGAUACUGCGACGCGUCAUGUCAAAAGCAGAUCUAUCAGUUCAUCGCUAUGUUCAUUGGCCUUUCUUUCUGCAUUUUCGUCGGAGCACCAGUUCUGCAAAGUGCGUCUCUUCGAGUUGUGAAUCCCAAGCAUCGUGAUCAUUUCACCUGCUUUGGUUGGUUGUGGAUGAGAAUUCUUGGAAGUAUUCCUGGAGCGAUUGUCUUCGGAUACAUCAUCGAUGUCAAUUGCAUGUACUGGCAGAAAGAUUGUGUAUCGCAGAAAUGCCAAUACUAUAAUGCUUCAAAUUUGGGAUGGGCGUUCUUCUAUUUUACUAUUGCCGUCAAACUCGCUGGAGGAGCAUUGCUGUUCCUGGCCGCCUACUUCUAUCAAGAGACAGACCGACCGAGUGGCAAGGAAUCAUGCCGUACCUUAGACACGGAUGCUUCCGAAUCGGUUAAGAUGUCAUAUGAAAAGAAUCUGCCAACUGGAUUGUCACCACAAACCAUGGUAUACUAG